CGCACUCGUAGUCGUAGUCGUGUCUACAAGUGCAGCGCAACCACCAUGACGCCUACCCGCUACCUCGCGGCGCUGGCCGCCGCCGCCGCGCUACUCUUCAUGCUCGGCGGCCUGCACGGCGUCGAAGCGGGGCCGGCGGACACCGACUGCGCCGUCGCCCAGACGGCGUUCGGCGACUGCACCGGGUACGUCGCCGGCGUGGAGGACAAGCUCUCGCCUCGCUGCUGCAGGGGGCUCGCCGACAUCAGGGACAUGGCGCCGACCUUUGACCGGCGGCGCGCCCUCUGCGCGUGCAUCCACAAGGAGAUGCUCGCCGCCGGCAAGGUGGUCACCCGCCGCGCCGCCACGCUCCCCGCCAGGUGCGGCGUCCGUAUCUCCUUCCUCCCGACCGCCCACGCCUUCGACUGCUAUCGGAUUCCGCGAACUGAUUGAGAAAUCGGCUUAAUCAUGGCGCCCAACAAAGAGCAUCGAAUAAGAUGACUUGCACGACUUGUGGUGGGCAUAUUUACGUUUCUCUUUCUUUUCUUUUUUCCUUCUUUAAUUUCACAAAGAGUAAACAGAAGAAUAAUCUAGCUUGUAAUGAUUUUUGGAAUAAAGAUCAUCGCAAGUAGGACUUGUUUACUCUGAAACAAUAUGUAGAAACUUAGUCCGCGUGUAAUCUGUAUCUUAUCCAUAUUAUUAAUAUAUUGAAGUUCAUCGUAAAAUUUUAGAAAAAUACUCCAUCCAUUCGCAAAUAUAAGAUGUUCUAACUUUUGUAUGGAUCGGAUGUAUAUAAAUACGUUUUAGUGCAUUUGUUCACUCAGUUUAGUCUGUAUGUAGUAAAUAUUGAAAUAUCUAAAAUAUAAUAUUAUAUUGUGAUGGAGGAAGUAGUAAUUAGCUCCCUCUCGGGCAACUUUUAGAAGAAAAUCAUUUGCGCCCUCUCAUACACAUUGGAGGAGGAUCCGCGCUUGCCUGCUCCCUUCCCAUGCUCCCAUUUCAUCUUACCGUUUUUUUUCCUUCCUAAUCUAAUCAUCCCCCUGAUUUUAACGGGUGGGCCUAGGCCUUAUUUUGUGGAGCACGGAUGGGCGCACGCGCGGGACGCAGGCAAGUCUCGUCCAUUGGAGGAUACUGUUAAGAAGUCUCUUUCCCUACUUGACUCGUGAUUGACGGCAACUUAACUUGGCAGAUUUGCUUUCGUUGAAUAUGACUUCAACGUUAAUGCAAUCGCUAGGUACAGCUCCGGAAGUCCAAAAGAGGGCUCAGUCCAAAACGCUACAUACUGAUUGCCAUUAAAUAAGCGCUCGUGAUUAUUCUCAUUCUAUGGACAGAAAAUGUCACGUCA